AUGGACCCUGCUGCGCUGCUUGUGAAAUAUCUCAGAGACAAGUUUGCAGCUGAAAUUGCCCUUCAAGAUGGAAAUGUUGAUUUUCCAGCUGAAUGGAGGUUGAAAUUCCUGGAGGACUGCAACCAAAUUGUGCAGCAAUUAGUUGCAGCUUACUGCAACAAGAUUGUUGACAAAGAGGGCCAUAUUGUUAUGUGGUACCUGCCAGGUAUCUUGGGGGAGGCGCAUUGGGUAAAGAGAACCACAAGUGACAAACUACAUGAGAUGAUCUAUGACCAGGAACAAAUGUGGAAGGGUGUCAAGGUUGUUCAAUGGCUGCUUGCCACCAACCGGUGCUCCAAGAGUUGGUGUCUCAGCGACAAGUACUAUAUGGUGGCAGAAGAAUGCACCAUCUGCCUGGGGACCGCCAGUUUCUCCCCUGUGUGGUUCCAGCAGGCGCAUGCAGCUACCAAUAAUCUAGAGGUAUCUGCUACUCUGCGAACCAUGGAGGGCCUUCAAUGGCUCUGUGAGUCCCAGGAGGUGAACCUCCUCAUAGGUGGCAUCCUGGGGGUCAUUCACCCGGCGUUGUAUGAAACUGGCUGCCAGACAGUGCAAGCACUGCAUGGAGAUGUUCCAGUGAAGAGGUAG